AUGCCGCCUGCCGCCACUGGAGGCAGCAGCCGGCGCAAGCAGGGCCAGCCUACCGUCUGCCUGGACUGCUACCUGCGCAAGGUCAAGUGCGACCGCAAGCGCCCUUGCUCGACCUGCAUCCGCAGAGGCACCGAGCACCUGUGCAAGACGUUCAGCACCCAGGAGCUUGACCCUGCUGCUCUCAAGAAGAAGCAGGCACGGCGUUCCAUGGCGGAGCUCACGGCCCUCACAGAAGCAGCCGCGGCCUCGGCGAGCGCGGCUGCUCGCGAUGCGCAGCAGGACCCGUCCGAGUCUGGUCGGUCCGACGGCCGGUCUUUAGAUGUGGCGAACCACCACAACGGCGGCGGCGGAAGCAGCAGCAGCGCCUCGACCACCACCGCAGGCGAGUCCCGCGGCGUCGAGGCUCCGCUCACGUCUUUCAUCAACCUGCUGCUGCAGGAUCUGAGCGUCGGCGACGAAGAGUACAGCUCCGGCGGCGGCUCGCCCGGUAGCCUGUCUGGCGCCGGCCCCAGCUCCACCCCGCCUCCCGGGGCGAGCCGCUACAUGGAGCCCAAGACGCUCGACGUGAUCCUCGCCUUCUGCGCCAUGGUGCCGGAUCUGCCGCGGCUGUCGCGCCUCGUCAACAUCUACCUCCUCGACGUCGACUGGAAGUUUAUGCUCACCGCUCAAGACUACUUCGAAGAUUACGUCCGCGACCUCUGGCAGCGGGUCGUGAUGCCGUGCCAGGACUACCACCGUUCGGGCCAGACAGGCGCGACGCUCGAGGCGUGUUUCCGUCCCGGCGACCUGUCCAGGCUGACAAUGCUGGCGGGCUUCCUGUGCGAGACGGUCGAGUGCCUCGAUCCGAUCACCAUCCCGGACCUUGUGCCGGCAUCUGUGUCGGGCACCACGUCGCUCCCCAAGGGCGCCGCGCGGUCUGCCGAGGAGGCCUUCGACGACGCCGCCGCCGCCACGCCCAGGGUGCGGGCCUUGAGCGUCCUGAUCCACCACCUUCAGACGCUCAUCGAAGAGUGCGAGCGGCUCGAUGAGAUGACCGUCGACCUGGUGCAGAGCAACCUGACCGCUUUCACCGUCUGGGCGAGCCAGGGCAUGUUUGGCCUCUCGGACUUCCCGCGGUGGGAGCUCACGAUCCGGGCGGCGCGCGAGUCGAAGCUGUUCGAGGACCCGGAGCGGCUCGGCAUCACCGAUCCGCUGCUGCUCGAUCAUCGCCGCCGCCUCGGCUGGCUCGUCUACGGCUACGACCACUCCUUUGCCGUCGGCGCCAACGUCAAGCCGCUGAUCCUCGAGUCCCAGUUCAGCGUCGAUCGGCCGAGCGAUGCCCCGCCCUGGCUCGCCUCGGGCGUGCCCGCGGACCCGACGCUGGCGCGCUGCGAGGUCGAGGUGGCCGAGAUCGCCAAGCAGCUGGCCAUCUGCAACGCCGCCGAGGGACCGCCGCUGCACCGCAAGGUGAUGGAGGUCGAUCAGCAGAUCCUCAACUUCAUCCGCGGCCUCCAUCCAACCUACGCUCUCGAGCAGCCCGACCUGUCGAUGGACCAGCACGAUCCGUGGCGCUCGCGGCGACGACCGUGGCUCGGGCUCAACCUGUGCUGGCAGCGGAGCAUCCUGCACCGCCAGUUUUUCUUUCCCAACGGCCGCAUCAACAACGGCGAGCUGGCCACCAGCCGGCACAUUGCCAUCGACAGCAGCCUACGAGCGCUCGAAAAGAUCCGCGAGGUCAAGCGCGUGCAGAACCGCUUCUCCGACUGGCAGGGCUCGGCCUGGUACUACCAGUAUAUGACCGAGCCCAGCAUCACGCUGGCGACGGCGACGCUGCUGCUGCUGCGCAGCCGGGGCAAGGGCAUCCCUGGCCUCGCCGACGAGGCGGCCUGCUGGCCGACCGUGUUUCACUUCUGCAAGAUCAUCGACCUAUCGAUUGUCGAGAUCGACCACUCGAUGCAGGACCCGGCCCUCUGCCUGCCGAGCUUCCUCGGCUUCGGCCGGCGUUGCUCGCAGAUGCUGGUGCAGCUGCGCACCACGAUCCAGAGCGGCGUCGAUGCGCUCCUGACAAAGGCCAACGGCGGCGUGGCCAGCGUCGGCCUCCGCUUCGACGAAAAGCUGGCCGGUCUGCUGAACCCCCGGGCCAGGACGCGCAGCCCCUCGCACGACGGCGGCACCACGCGGGAGAGCAUCAGCAGCGCUGGCAGCAGCGGCGCCUCGCCGCGACCCUCGAUAUCGUCGUCGAGCUUUGCGCCGCUCGCUGCUCCUCGGUCUCAGCCGCACCAGGCUGCACAGUGGCAGCCGGGAGAGGCUCGCAACAGCAGCUUCUACGGCAGCGGCGGCGGUGACGAGGGCGCCGGGACCGCAGCCGGAAGCAGCAGCGUGCGAAGCAGCGGAGCCAGCAGCACGGCCAUCUCGCCAGCGACGAUGCAAAACGAGACGUGGUUCGCUGCCGGCGACGCCCCAGCCCUGUUGCAGCCUCCUGCGCACCAGCCGACAUCGGAAGCGCCGCAGCUGCUCGGCCAGCAGUUUGCCUCGCUCGACCAGCAUGGAGGUACCUCCGCUGCGCCGGGCUACCCACCCAACAUGGCGACAGGCCUGCCCGCGCUGUCGACGUCGACCUACGACCCGCAUUCCAACUCCUGGAGCGCUGGCCCGGCCGUCCCUGCGCCGCACCUGUCGGCCGCGGCGUCGGUCGAGAUGCUGGCCCCACUGGACGUCUCGCAGGCCCUCGAUGUAGGCGGUGGCGGCGGCGGGGCCGGCGGCUUGGGAGCCUUUGACGCCGUGCUGAGCCCGACGAACACGAUCUCGUCGAUGGAGCCGUCGGCGCUGCGUUCGUACUACACCGACGACCGGGUGCAGAGGGCGGCACACGAGAACCGCGGGCUGAGUGACUGGAUCGCCGGUGUGCAGUCUGGGGUGAUGCUGCCGCCACCGGGCUGA